AUGGCACGGCGCUCGGCCUCAGCGCAGUUGGUGCUCUCGGCGACGGCACCGGCGGAGACGGUCUCACGGCGGCAGUUCGUCUCAACGGUCGGAGCGGACUUCGUGAGGGCGAAGGAGUCCGACUUGGAUGAGACGGCCCUGGGCUGUCUGAAGAAGAAGGCCACCAAGCUUCUGAACAGCGUUUACCUUGCGAAUUUCAUUGUGGUGGUGGUGUUUCUGGACGCCUACUGCACUUGCAGAGAUAUCGAUUCACGAGCCCAUCAACAACCAACACCACAAGCUUUUCGCAUACUUUCUGACUUAUGUUUGGUGCUUUAUACGGUCGAGCUUUUGCUUCACUUCUUUCUUCAGGGUUUCAGCAUUUGUCGCGAUUGGAUGAUCUUCUUGGAUUUGGUCAUCAUCGUGUGUGGCUACAUCGAGCUGUUCUUCAGCUUUUUGGGCGAUGAGAGCGGUGUCAUUGGCAUCAGCAUCGUGCGGGCACUUCGCUUGGUCCGGAUCUUUCGCUUGAUCCGCUUGCUGAGGAAGGUGCGCACGCUACGGGAGCUGCACAAGCUGGCCACCAUGAUGGCCACCUGUGCAACUGGGACCGAUGUCUACCGAGCUCCGGGCAAAGACUUUGGUGUGGUCUUUUCUGUUGUGCUUCCUGGUGAUGACGGUGUGGAGCAUGCUCAUGGCCGCUUUGUUGUGAGUAGCGGCAGGGUUGGGGCCGUUGGGGUUGAGAUGAUUCAUCCUCUUUUGACAGAUCUGGAGCUAAGCAGCUGCAGAGGGCAAUGCGAGUCUGCCAUGUCAUCGGUGAUGAAUGCGAAUCUCUUGCUGUUUAAGACAGUGAUCGCAGGUGACAGUUGGGGUGAAAUUGCGGUGCCUGUGAUUGAACAGUACCCAGCAACUGCCGUCAUUUUCAUGGGAUCGUUGUUGACACUGGUUUUCGGGGUGCUCAACCUCAUUGUGGCCGUGGUGGUCGACACCUUUGCGGAGUUCCGCCUAAACGACGUGCAGAACCUCGCGGAGGAGAUGGAGGACGAGAUCGCCCAGGAUCGGAAGUCCUUGGCGCGCUUGUUCGCUCGAAUUGACCUCGACGGCUCGGGGCAGUUGACGCUGGAUGAGCUGAUUGAAGGUGCCCAGCGAGACUCCGAUUUCCAGAGCCGGUUGCGGGUCAUGGACAUCGACGAGAGCGACUUGCAGAUGCUGUUUGAGAUGAUCGAUGCGGAUUCAUCUGGUACCAUUGAAGCGGCCGAGUUUAUAGGACCUUUGAGCAGGUGGGCGCAUGAUUCCAAGACAGCCCCGCGCUUCAUCAAAUACAAUAUGCUGCAGACGAUGCAAAUCCAGGAGGACUUGUAUGACAUGUGCGCAGACUGCUUCAAACAUUUGGCGCUUCAGAUUGACAAGGUUCAGGUUGAGGUGAAAGGGCUCACGAAACACAUCGUACGAAAGAAGGGCAGCAAGAAGCCGGAAACCGAACACCUUGGCCUUGGCCAAACCAGUCCGCCGAUGGACAGCCGUGUGAGCGCCAGAGAGCAUCUCGAAAGUCCUCUCAUCCCAAGGGACAUCAGGGCAUCCUUCAAUGAUGAUGUUGAGCAAAUAUCUUCUUACACAGACGGGUCGAGGCAAUUAAGUCAUUGGGAAGCACCCAGAGGAAGUGUUUAUGAUGCCCGUGCCGAAGCAAGAUUGAGUUCCUUGGAGCAAUUGGGUGAACGAGUAGCCUUGGACGAGAUGACGACGGAGAUGGAGAAUGUCAGCUUCCGUGUGCCUCCCAUCCCCGAGACAGAGCUGCACGAUGAGUUGGAGCACGUCAUGUUGAUGCGCCCGUCCAGACAAACCGAAAUGUUGAGUGAGAAACUAAGCUCGAAAUUGGGGGGCACUAGCCCACUGAAUAACCUUGACCUAAAAUCCUCAUCCAACAACCACCUUGAACAUAUUAAUGGGUGUUUCUUGAUUCUUCUCCCCCUUUGUAUAUUCGUUUGA